AUGCAGCUCGGUAUCAGGAGCAUAAAAGCACGUCCAACCACCGCAAUACUUCCCUUUCCUUCCGGAAUUCUAUCUCUGCACCGCUGUGCGGCUUCCGUGCACUGCCCUGUCCCUUUACACCGGAACAUUGCGUCAGUAGUACGCUCAGAUGCCCAGCGGGCGACCAUAUAUGCGCUCUCGACGCCGCACGGAAAGGCUGGAGUCGGGGUAGUGCGAGUCUCGGGUCCCGACGUGGUAGAGGUAUGGAGACAGAUGGUGAAGAGGGGGAAGAAAAUAGGUCAGGAUCAGCUACCGGAGCCUUGGAAGAUGCACCGUUGUGAUAUCGUAAACCCUGGGAAAGGGGAUCUCCUCGAUAAUGGAAUGGCUGUCCUGUUCCGAGCACCCAGGUCCUUUACAACAGAAGACGUACUAGAACUACAUAUACACUCUGGACACGCCAUUAUCUCUUCUGUCUUGCGCGCUCUAGGGGAGCUUCCAUUCUGUCGCCCUGCAGAGCCCGGCGAAUUCACUCGCAGAGCUUUCAUGGGUGGUCGUCUCGACCUCACCCAAGUCGAAGGAUUGAAGGACCUCAUUGAUGCAGAUACGGAGAGUCAACGUCGAAUCGCGUUGAAUGCCGUCGGGGGUUCCAUGCGAGAACGGUACGAUAACAUCAGGCAAGAAAUCAUCAAGUGUCUUGCAUUCAUGGAAGCCCUGAUCGACUUUGGAGAAGGUGAGGAUAUUGAAGACGGAGUAUAUGAGCAAGCCAGGCAGCGCGUUUUGGAUCUGUGUACUACGAUCCAAGGUCACUUGCAUGACAAACGCCGAGGAGAAAUCAUGCGUUCGGGCAUACGUCUCGCUAUAUUCGGUCCCCCCAACGCUGGGAAGAGCAGCUUGCUUAAUUUUCUGGCUCAAAGAGAAGCAGCGAUCGUCACUCCAGUUCCAGGAACGACGCGUGAUAUUCUAGAGCUGUCGCUAGACAUCGGCGGUUUGCCUGUCAUAAUAUCUGACACUGCUGGUCUCCGAGCAACGACUGAUCUUGUAGAGAGUAUUGGUAUCGAACGUGCGAGAAACGCUGUCCAGGGUGCUGACAUAUCCCUCUGUGUGCUUUCACUAUCAGAUAUAGUUUUCAGUGGCAAAAAAAUGGUCCUUCCUUCAUCGUUAGAUGGGCUGGUCAACGAAAACACGUUUUACCUGUUCAACAAAGCUGAUCUAGUUCCUCCUGAGCACGCGCAGCUCGUACAAGUACGUAAGGCUUGGGUAACGAGUCUGAACACUGGCCAAGGCACCACGGAGUUCCUAGCCCAGUUCUCAGAAGCCUUGCGUUCCAACUACGACUUAGGCGACGCGAAUAACUCACAGGCCCCACUGAUUACCCAUGCACGACAUCGUGCUCAUCUCGAAACAGCCCUUGAUUUUUUGAAGGCUUUUUUGGAGACACCUUCAGAGGAGGUCGUGUUAGGAGCCGAAGAGCUACGCUACGCCGCUCAAGCCAUUGGAAAGGUGUCAGGUCUUAUAGAUGUGGAAGACAUCUUGGAUUCGGUUUUCCGAGAUUUCUGUAUUGGAAAAUAG